AUGUCGGAAAUCGAGGAGUUUGACGAGCAAUUCCAGGAGCUCGUCGACAGCAUAAAAAGCGUCUUGGACUCGGAGAUCUCCAAGCUGCGCGGCCAGGAGCGAAUCGAGAAAUGCAGCUAUCUGAAGAACAGACUCACACGAGCACGCCAGGUACAUCGCUCCAUCAUGGUUGAGAUCCGACAACUGCCCGCCGAGCAGGCCGAGGAAUGGAAGACCAAGGCUGGAUCAUACGAUACGCUCAUGUCCAAACUGGCCCAAGACAUUGAAUGGGCCGAGACAAGCGCCGCCAAGGACGACAAGAAGAAAGCCGUCGAUGACAUGACUACCAAAGAGAUCACACAGCAGGCGAUGGCGCUGCAAGAAAAGACCCAUCAGUCGGCCACGAAUGCUCUGCGGAGAGUUGAGGAAACCAUUCAGGUCGCCGUGGAAACCAGUACCGAGAUCAAGCGGCAGGGAGAGCAGAUCAACAAGAUCUCCGACGACGUCGAUCAGGUCGAAGAUAACUUGAGGCGCGCUGACAAGCAGCUCAAGGCAUUCAUCAGACGGAUGGCCACGGACAAGAUCUUCAUGGUGUUUAUCUUCCUGAUUGUGAUCGGCAUCAUUGCUGCCAUUGUGCUGUAUGUCCUCAAGUCGAAAGGGCUGCUAUCGGGGAUUUGA